GGAGUUAUUGGAAGAAAAUAUCCGGAAGAGGCUACGUCUCAUUCAUCGGGUUGCGGAGUCUGCGAACAGCUUUCAUACCGAAUUGCGUCCAUCAUAUCCAGCAACCAUGUCUAAGGGAACAGCAGUCGGCAUUGAUCUCGGGACCACUUACUCCUGCGUGGGUGUGUUCCAGCAUGGCAAGGUUGAAAUCAUUGCCAACGACCAGGGUAACAGGACCACACCAAGCUACGUUGCCUUCACUGACUCUGAGAGGCUCAUCGGUGAUGCUGCCAAGAAUCAGGUUGCCAUGAACCCCUGCAACACAGUGUUUGAUGCUAAGCGUUUGAUUGGUAGAAGAUUUGAGGACACCGUGGUUCAGUCUGACAUGAAACACUGGCCUUUCAACGUCAUCAGCGACAGCGGACGCCCCAAAGUGGAGGUUGAAUACAAAGGUGAGACCAAGAGCUUCUACCCUGAGGAAAUCUCCUCCAUGGUGUUGGUCAAGAUGAAGGAGAUUGCAGAGGCCUACCUCGGGAAGACUGUAUCAAAUGCGGUUGUAACAGUGCCAGCUUACUUUAACGACUCUCAGCGCCAAGCAACCAAAGACGCUGGAACAAUCUCUGGUCUGAACGUUCUGCGAAUCAUCAAUGAGCCAACCGCUGCCGCUAUUGCUUAUGGCUUGGACAAGAAGGUUGGUGCUGAAAGGAAUGUCCUUAUCUUUGAUCUGGGUGGCGGCACCUUUGACGUGUCCAUCCUGACCAUUGAGGAUGGCAUCUUUGAGGUCAAGUCCACUGCUGGAGACACCCAUCUGGGUGGAGAAGACUUUGACAACCGCAUGGUCAACCACUUCAUCGCAGAGUUCAAACGAAAGUACAAGAAAGAUAUCAGUGACAACAAGAGAGCUGUUCGCCGUCUCCGCACCGCCUGUGAGAGGGCAAAGCGCACCCUGUCCUCCAGCACCCAGGCCAGCAUCGAGAUCGACUCUCUGUAUGAGGGAAUCGACUUCUACACCUCCAUCACCAGAGCUCGCUUUGAGGAACUCAACGCAGACCUUUUCCGUGGCACCUUGGACCCAGUGGAGAAAUCCCUCCGUGAUGCCAAGAUGGACAAGGCCCAGGUCCACGAUAUUGUCCUAGUCGGAGGCUCCACUCGUAUCCCCAAGAUCCAGAAACUGCUCCAAGAUUUCUUUAACGGUAAAGAGCUCAACAAGAGCAUCAACCCCGACGAGGCUGUGGCCUAUGGCGCAGCUGUCCAGGCAGCCAUCCUCUCAGGUGACAAGUCUGAAAAUGUCCAGGACCUGCUUCUGCUGGAUGUCACCCCCCUGUCCCUGGGUAUUGAGACAGCUGGAGGUGUCAUGACCGUCCUGAUCAAACGUAACACCACCAUCCCAACCAAGCAGACCCAGACCUUCACCACCUACUCAGACAACCAGCCUGGUGUGCUCAUUCAGGUGUAUGAGGGUGAGAGGGCCAUGACCAAGGACAACAACCUGUUGGGCAAGUUUGAGCUGACUGGAAUCCCCCCUGCACCUCGCGGUGUUCCUCAGAUUGAGGUCACCUUCGACAUUGACGCAAACGGCAUCCUCAAUGUCUCUGCCGUUGAUAAGAGCACUGGCAAGGAGAACAAGAUCACCAUCACCAAUGACAAAGGUCGCCUGAGCAAGGAGGACAUUGAGCGCAUGGUCCAGGAGGCAGAGAAGUACAAGUGUGAGGAUGAUGUGCAGCGUGACAAGGUUUCCUCCAAGAACUCCCUGGAGUCCUACUCUUUCAACAUGAAAUCCACAGUGGAGGAUGAGAAACUACAGGGCAAGAUCAGUGACGAGGAAAAGACCAAGAUUCUGGACAAGUGCAAUGAGAUCAUUGCCUGGCUGGAUAAGAACCAGACUGCGGAGAAGGAAGAGUAUGAGCACCAGCAACAGGAGCUGGAGAAGGUGUGCAACCCCAUCAUCACCAAAUUGUACCAGAGUGCCGGUGGUAUGCCUGGUGGAAUGCCUGGAGGCUUCUCAGGCGCUGGCGGUGCUGCUCCUGGAGGUGGUGGAUCCUCAGGCCCCACCAUCGAGGAAGUCGAUUAAACCCAAUCUCACCACUCUGUAAACACAAAGCAUGUAACCCCAGAGGCCCAAUCUGUAAAGCCAAGGCUGGCCAUUGGCUGAGUAAUUUAAACUGAUAAGCUGCUAUGUGUAUUUUGAAUACUUGAAUAUGUACACUGUCAAAAAUAGGGGGAUUUUAAGGAAGAAGAGUUUGCCUGUCUAUACAUUUUGAGUCCUGGAGAAUAAAUGAUUAUUUAUGUCACUAACCAUGUUUCUAUCCACAGUUUGAGUAAAAAAAAAAAAAUCACGAUAGCUGUGAUGGAAAUGGCUAGUUUCGGUACAAUUUUAUAAAUACCGACAAAUAAUUUGUUCGUUUGACAUGGUGGGAUCUUUUUGUGUCAGUAAAAUUAAUUACGCGAGAAAUGGUGGUGGAAAUGCCUUUAUGCGCAAAUAUUGAUUUAAUAACCAUCAUAUCGAAGUAAACUUGGGAGUCACAUAAUGAUAUAGUGUGUGGUCUUCCCACUAUGACUCAAAACCAUGCAGUUUAUUAGGCUACAAAUGAAAUAACUUAUUAACUUCACAGGGUGGUGAAAGUGCAUGGUGAUCUGGACACUCCUUUCCAAUAAAUAUCGAGGGUCUUAUUCUGGUGACGAUGCUCGAUGCUUGACUGUCGUUUGACAAAUAAAAGUAUUCUCGCUCUUAUCCAUAAUAA